AAGCCAGACCCAGAGCCGGAUGCACCGCGAGGAGGAUGGAGUCUCUUGACAGCCUCCGGGGGCUGCUGUGACCUUUGACCAUCUGAUUCCAGAUUUUUUUCCUGCUCUUUUUAUUUCCUCCCCUCGCCAUCUAUCCAUCCAUCGUGCAAUGACUGACUCUCGCUCCGUUCCGAGAGAGGAGACCAUGAUUGAGUGAAGCCACCCUGUCUGCAACCAGGAAAAGCACAAAGAAGCACCUGCAGCAAUGGCCAAGCUGACAGAAUCCAUGACUAACGUCCUGGAGGGCGACUCCAUGGACCAGGACGUGGAGAGCCCAGUGGCCAUUCACCAGCCAAAGUUGCCUAAGCAGGCCAGGGACGACCUGCCGAGACACAUCUGCCGAGACCGGACCAAAAGGAAAAUCCAGAGGUACGUGCGGAAGGACGGGAAGUGCAACGUGCACCAUGGCAAUGUGAGGGAGACCUACCGCUACCUGACCGACAUCUUCACCACCUUAGUCGACCUCAAGUGGAGGUUCAACCUGCUGAUCUUCGUCAUGGUUUACACAGUCACAUGGCUCUUUUUUGGGAUGAUCUGGUGGCUAAUAGCGUAUAUCCGAGGAGAUAUGGACCACAUAGAGGACCCGUCGUGGACUCCCUGCGUCACCAACCUCAACGGGUUCGUCUCUGCUUUUUUAUUCUCAAUAGAGACAGAAACCACCAUCGGUUAUGGCUACCGGGUCAUCACGGACAAGUGCCCGGAGGGAAUUAUUCUCCUCUUAGUCCAGUCGGUGUUGGGGUCCAUUGUCAACGCAUUCAUGGUGGGAUGCAUGUUUGUCAAAAUAUCGCAACCCAAGAAGAGGGCAGAGACCCUGGUUUUUUCCACCCACGCGGUCAUCUCCAUGCGGGAUGGGAAGCUGUGCCUGAUGUUUCGCGUCGGGGACCUCAGGAAUUCCCACAUCGUGGAGGCCUCCAUCCGAGCCAAGCUGAUCAAAUCCAAACAGACCUCAGAGGGGGAGUUCAUCCCCUUGAACCAGACGGACAUCAACGUCGGGUAUUACACCGGGGACGACCGGCUGUUCCUGGUGUCGCCUCUCAUCAUCAGUCACGAAAUCAACCAACAGAGUCCUUUCUGGGAAAUCUCCAAAGCCCAGCUGCCCAAAGAGGAGCUGGAGAUCGUGGUCAUCCUGGAAGGGAUGGUGGAAGCCACAGGGAUGACAUGCCAAGCUCGGAGCUCCUACAUCACCAGCGAGAUCCUGUGGGGGUACCGGUUCACCCCAGUCCUGACGCUGGAGGACGGGUUCUACGAAGUCGACUACAACAGCUUCCACGAGACCUAUGAGACCAGCACCCCCUCCCUCAGUGCCAAAGAGCUGGCUGAGCUGGCCAGCAGGGCAGAGCUGCCCCUCAGUUGGUCUGUGUCCAGCAAACUCAACCAACAUGCGGAACUGGAGACCGAAGAGGAAGAAAAGAACCUCGAGGAGCAAACAGAACGGAAUGGUGACGUGGCCAACCUCGAGAACGAGUCCAAAGUGUAGUCCCCCGGCCGGCCUCUCCUCCCCAACCUUUCCCCAGGCCAGCCGCCCCUUCUCCUGUCCCCACAACCUGUCCCCUGGCCAGGCCACCCCUUCCCCUGUCCCCCCAACCUCUCCUUGUCUCUCAUCCUCCUGCUUUCUGCCUCUCUUACUUUGUUCUUACUUUAUUUGUAUUUAAUUUUGGCAUUACCAGAAAACAAAUCUUCAAGGUGUAAAAUCUCUGCCUGCCCUCCCUCAGUUACUCCGAUUGAAGAGGUAGACACGGAUCUGGUUAAGGUGUAAGGUGCCCUCAUUGAUGGCCCAAGCCUGUCUCCUCCCUAAAUUCCACACACCCAACUCCUAGAGAUUUAAGCUACUUCCCUGCAUGAGCUGUACAAGACCAGAUCAGUCACAAGAGUGUGGGGAACACGUGACCUGGGAUACACAUUAGGCCCAGUGCCUGUUCAUUCCUGCAGCGAGACACAGAGGGUAGCCCUCACUUUCCUAGAUCCCCACACAUUUCAUCUCCAGGGCAGGUGCUCGCCCCCCAAGGGCAUCACAGGUGUAGGACCCAGGUGAGGCAAAGACAAAACACUGUACAUAUAUAUGCCUUAUGUAAGUAUUUUCUUUGGCAGUUAUUAAUAAAACCCAGCAUGUACAAAAGUACUGUAGAACACAACUUCUAAAUAAUGUACAUAGAUAUAUAAUUAGUGUAGGUUUAGAUAUAUAACUUUAGAAAUAAGAUGAAAGAAAAAAGAUUCUCACUGUACAGUAGGCAUUUCCGUUCCGAUGUCUUUUUCUGAAUUGCUUUGGUCCCAUUGACUGCUGGCCCUUUAGUGCAUGGCCUUUGUUCUGUGUCCCAGAUUGGCAGCCCGUUCAGGUCCCUCACUGUUCCCUCACUGAUCCUUUUGUUGAAUCUAAUAAGCCAUAGGUCUGGGGGGAGUUGGGAGGUCCAGCAGAUGGCAAAACGCACCACCAAUACACUGAUAUACUGUGAAAUGUUUACACACUGAGGCCUCUCGUUUAAGACAACCAGGGCCGCACUGGCCAGCCUGGGGAAGAAUUCCCAGAGGACAUUCUCGGGCUUGUCACCAAUGACAUGUUCAUGCUUUUCACACGAGCGCUCGCCCUUUGUAGUUUGGGACACUCUUCUGCAAAACCACUGAUUCUCCAGCGGUUCCACUCCGUAGUCACGAGAAACUACAGACUUUUACAAGGAGACAUGGCAGGCGAGCAGAAGAUGGUUGGGUCUGGAGUCAUGAACUUCAUAAAGGCUCAUAGUGUCACUGACCUCACACACUGACUUUAUCCUGCACUGUUUCCUGACCCGGGGGCUUAUCCAUCGGCUUCUUGCAUUGUUAUCUAUUCUACUCUUUUAUUAUUAUGAAAUGACCAGAGUUCAACAUUCAAAGAUUACACCAACAAUCUUGGUGACUACUAAAUCUCUCAAAAGUAUGCCACAGGUUAGAAAUCAAAUCCAAAGUGUCUCCCAAGCAAAAGAAAACAAAAAACUGCAGCCUUAAUUCAUUUCAAUCUGCAAAGAUAGAUGUAGACAGAGAGAGGAAGAAAAAGAGGAGAGAAGGAAGGAAAGAAUGGAGGGAGAGCUAAGAAGGAGGGUGGUAUUUUGUACUGAAAAUCUAAAUUUCAAUAUAAAAUUUUUUUCCAAAUAAAAGAAAGAGAAUCUUACAUGAAAACGACAAGGGCAGGUGGAAAUCUUGCACUGUGAAGACCUUUCACAUUAAUUUUACUCUUUUAAACUGUUUGUCCCCUAACGCAGUCGCCCAUCAUCAAUAUCCACUGACUGGAUGCAAGUUCAUUGUCAGCUCCCACAGCUGUGCUCAGUUUGAGGCUCUGCCCGUGGAAGUCCAAGAACUCAAACUGGCCAUCCCUCCCUGUUGACCUUGCUCUCCCGCACCAGAUCACCCAGCCUUCGCCAUAGUGGAGGGACCUUGUCUACUAAAAAGCGUGUGUGGGAGAUGAGAGCAGCUCUGCCGUCUGUCACGGGGCCUCUCUUCUCCCACUUCCAAGACUUUGCAUCAGGACAACUGCUUCUUGGCACUGACUUCCUGGAGAACAAACCUGUGGGCCACAGCCCCUUCCUGUUUGCCAACAUCUCACUCUGCGUUGAGCAUCUGUUGGAUCGUUUCUUCUUUCCACACUCUGAGGAGGUUGCAGGCAAGGAGGAGGAGGGAGCCCCACACGCUUCCUGCCAGGCUGUGGGAGGAACUGUGGCCUUUCCUCCACGUACGUAUGUACGUAGCCUUAUACAGGGCACUCUUGACUCGUGGGCGCUCACCCUGCAGCACCCCCAGAGCUGCAGGGCGUGGCCUUUUAGCACAAAGCAAAAUCGAGCAGGGGUUGCAAAAAGUCUGCUAAUUUAGCUCUUGAAGACUCACUGGGCCUUUUUAAAACAGUUACUAAGGCUUAAAGGACCACACACGCCCUGUUGUCUGGUGGGAACAGCAGCUCGGGGCCCGUUAGCACAACUGAACAAAGAGCCUGACAGCCCUUGGUCACGCACAUGGUGGUCGGUUCUGUAGCGGUGACAGGGCCCCCGGGGUGAGGCCCUCCCUAUCCCCACUGUCUUUGGUGUCCAUGUAGUUGGAGACAGAACAUGAACCAAAUCUCGUUUUUGUAACGUGAGCCUCUGAGUCUCUCAAUGAGGAUGUUCCAGGAGACCCUUUUACUAGAAUGUCCCACGCAAACAUGUCUAUUUUUCUACAAUUAUUGAUAACAGUUUAACGGUGUAUUUUGUGUCAACUGUUAAAAUUUGGAACGGAAA